AUCUGUGGGUUUUAUUCUGUAGCGCCAGCCGGAAAGUGGGCAGUGUUGCUGCGUACUUGACGGACGGUAGAGUGUGUUUUCUAUUCCCUGGGGCCACAGUGUUUUCAACGGGACUCAACUUCACUGCUCACUGGUCCCACUAUGGUCGCUUGACCAGGACUGAAACUCCAUCCGUUCGCUUCCAUCUUGCUCCAAAAACCUUAGCAACAACUUUUCAGGGUAAACUUUUGGACUUUUUGCAUCAGUUUUAUGUUCAGAAACAAGAAUGCAACCCCCACCGAGAAAGGUAAGGCUCAACCAGGAGCUGAAGCACACUCAAGCCGAGCAGAUGAGCCAGUUACAGAUAAAACACCAAACAGAAUGUGACCUGCUGGAAGAUCUGAGGACUUUCAGUCAGAAGAGGGCAGCUAUGGAGAGGGACUACGCCCAGGCUCUCCAGAAGUUGGCAAAUCAGUAUCUGAAGAGAGAAUGGCCGGAGAGUGUUGCAGAAAAACAAGCAGAUCACAGGAACAUGUUCUGUGUAUGGAGGGCAUAUCUGGAGGGUACCGUCCAGGCCACCCAGUUCAGACUCGGUGCUUGUGAUAACUAUAAAGUCCAGAUCGCGGAUCCAGCCAAGAUGGCACGACUACAGAAGGAGCAGCAGCUCAGGAAGUGCAUUGAGCAGCUCACUGUGAUCCAGGCUGAGCUGCAGGACUCUGUGAAGGAGCUGACCAAGAGCAGGAAGAAGUAUCAGGAGGCUGAGACUAUGGCACAGGCUGUCCGAGAGAAGACCGAGUUCGAGACUAAGUCGAAACUAAGUCUCUUCCAGUCACGCUCCAGUCUCCAGAGGGCCAGUGUAAAGCUGAAAACAAAGAGGAGUGAAUGCAACUCCAAAGCAACGCAUGCCAGAAAUGACUACCUUCUCACACUCGCAUCCUCCAAUGCUCACCAGCAGCGGUAUUACAGCACAGACCUGAUGGACUGCAUCAAGGUCUUAGAUGGCAGAAUCUACGAGCAGGUUAAAGAUUACCUGGUCUCACUUUGCCAGACUGAGCUGGAAACAUUCCAGGCUGUGCACAACUCCUUCAGCCAGCUGCUGAACAGCUCAAACGGGGUUCUCCAGGAGUUUCAUCAGCAGAUGUUUGUGCAGAAGAAUCCCAUGUUUCAACAAGCCUCAGAUUUCCUGUAUCAGCCCGUUGACUCAGACGCGGUGAUGCAUCUGCAGAAAGAGAACGGAACGGCUGAGGAGCACAGUUUGGAUAAGGAGGCGAGGAAGUGGGCAAGCCGCGUAGCACGAGAAUACAAAAGCAUCAUCCACACACAAAGGGCCUUGGAGGAGUACGGGAAUCAGGAGGCGUCUGAGCAGAGCGGCGGCGAGGUGGAGAUCAAGAUGGAAGUGGCCCGGCAGAGUCUUCGAAGGGCAGAGACUGUUAAAGUGAAAGCCGAGGCCCGGCUGGACCUGCUGCGGCAGGCGGGAGUCGCCGUAGAAACGUGGCUGAAGAGCGCCAUGAACCAGGUGAUGGAGGAGCUGGAGAACGAGCGCUGGAACAACCUCGGCACCCAUGAUCCUUCGCUCUCGGGAACAGCUGAUCUGGAGCAGGAAGACGAAGAGGAGAUGGAGGACAGCAGUGAGGUGUUGGAUGACAGCAGCUCCAGUCCUUCAAGCACCCUGAAAAACUAUCCUCUCACCUGCAAAGUGCUUUACUCCUACAAGGCGUCUCAGCCAGAUGAACUAACCAUUGAGGAACAGGAGAUCCUGGAGGUCAUUGAUGAUGGCGAUAUGGAGGACUGGGUUAAGGCCAGAAACCGCGGUGGUCAGGUUGGUUAUGUCCCAGAGAAAUACCUGCAGCUGCCUUCCUCCAACAGCCUGCUGAGCAUGCUGCAGUCCCUGGCCUCGCUGGACGCCCGAUCCCAUUCCUCCAGUAACUCCACCGAACCCGAAACCGAGCUCUCAGCCAGCUCCGUCAACGGAGACUCCGGCGUGUCAUUUGCAAAAGCCCUGUACGACUACGCGGGUCAAACAGACGAAGAGCUUUCGUUUCCUGAAGGCGCGAUUAUCCGGGUCCUGAACCGAGAGACUCAUGAGGACGACGGUUUCUGGGAGGGAGAGUUUAAUGGCGUCGUUGGUGUCUUUCCCGCCGUUCUGGUGGAAGAUCUCACAGGUGUCAACGAAAACGGAGAUGGACAGAAAGAAAGCAGCGCGCAGGCUUCUCCCUCUACUUCGGCUCAGUGUGACCGCUCGCCCUGCAGCCUCUUCCAGCCGGUACCUCUCCACAGCAGCCCCCUUCAGACCCCCACCACAGCCUCUUCUGGAUCGAGUCCAUGCAGCGCCACAGCCUCUCCCGUCGGCCGGCCACCCUCCUACCACAACGGACACCACCGGCCUCCGGCUGCUUCACACAAGAGCCUGUAUCACAGUCCAGUACAAGGAUCCCCUCAACCUCCUAAAUAUCCAGAGGGUGGAGCUGGCAGCAUCAGACCUGUCCGUGCAGCUCCUCCACCCCCAAAGCAGCAUCCUCGCGGACAGGUGAAGCGUCGGGAGGAGGUGGAGAUCACACUGGUGUGAAACUGGUCCAACAUGGACUCCCAAUGGAAACCGAGGACACUUAAAGCCCCUGAAGAUCCCUGGAGGAAGGAGACGCUCUACGCUGAAAACCUCACAGGGUCAGCGUGGUGUGCAGGAACAAUGUGCCUUUAUCGUCUGAUUUUUCUGCUCAAUCUACAUUACAAAAGUUUCUCGAAGUAAAAAAGCCCCCGUACAACAUCAGCUGCUUCAUGUGGAUCUGAAAUAUUGACAUUACCAAAAAGAUUGUUUUCUCCUGGUGGAAAUGGGUAAAGCUGACAGAAAAGGGAAUUAUCAUCAGGUAAUAAUUCAUAAUCAGCACAGUGGUUUGCACUUUAAGAAACAUUUUUGAAGUCAAGUUGACUUCCUGGAGGUGAUUAGCUCAACAUAAAGACACAAACACUUCUGAACCAGUUAAAAGGGAUGCUGUAUUUACUUUAAUUCACUAAUAUGUUCUGCAGUAUCACUUGUUUUGAGUAGUGUCUGAAGUUUAGGCGUAUUUUAACUAGUUUACAAGCUUUUGAUCGAUGUUAAAUUAACAAUAGAUUGUCAAAUGGCUAACAUUUAAAACCUUAAACCCUUAAAUUCAAACACAUUUAAAUGCUAAAUAAAUGUCCACAUUAAAUGGCCAAAUUUAACCACAAAAUAAUGUUAAUUCCGGGGCAUCCUUUCAACUUUUAAUCUAUAUAAUAGUUGAUUAUAAUCCUAUUUAAUCGAAAUCUUACAUUAAUUAUCUCUUAUUACCAGAUCUUUAUUGAUUUAAAACUUGAAAACUCCCACAGACGUUCUUUUCACCAUCAAGAAUCUCACAGUUAGGCCACAUUAUGAAUAAAUACAUAAAUAGGACCAUAAAUGAGCCUUAAUGAUUUUUAAUUAGGUUUAAAUGUUCUUAUCUUGUCUGGACUUGCAAAGCGGUCUGACUGCGGCUUUUAUAUCUAACAACGGUUUGUCCGUUAAGUGGUAUUCACGUUAUUAUGGGACAGUGGUUGAAUUAAAUAAGCAUCGCCAGGUUAAAGUUUAAGAGCUUUCUGUCACAGCCUACCGAACCCUGCAAAAGUAAUGAAACCCCUUCAUCUUUUUUGCAUUUUGUCACAUUACAACCAAAAACUUCAAUGCAUUUUAUUGGGCUUUUAUGUGAUGGACCAACACAAAGUAGAGCAUAAAUAUAACUUAGAAGGAAGGUCACAUGGUUUUCAGUUAUUUUGCAAAUAAAAAUCCCAAACGUUUUGGCCUGUAGUUGUGUUCAGCCCCCCUGAGUCAACACUUGUUUCACUGCAGUUGCAGCAAAAGUGUUUUUGGUUCAUUUGCACAUCCAGAGACUGAAAUGUUUAAACAUACUUCUUGUCAGUCAGAUUUGAUGGAGAGCAUCUAUGGAAAGUCGUUUUCAAAUAUUGCUGUGGAUUCUUAAUUAGAUUUUUGUCUGUUGGUCUUUGACUAGGCCAUUCUAACUCAUGAAUGUGCUUCUAUCUAAACCAUCCCAUUGUAGCUCUGGUUUACGGUUGUUGUCCUGCUGGAAGGUGAACCUCCACCUCAGUCUCAAGUCUUCUGCAGCCUCUAACAGGUUUUCCUCCGGGAUUGUCCUCGGGAAUGUUUGUCAAACUGCAACCAGGAGUUCCAAGGUCCAAGUUCUGGAGUGUACAGCUAAUGGUUGUCCUGUGAACUGAUUCUACCACCUAAGUUGUUGAUCCCUCCAGCUCCAGCCUCUUGGCUGGCUCUCUGAUUAAAGCACCCUAUGACCAACCUGUCAGUCUAGGUGGACGUCCAUAUCUUGGCCAGUCUGCAGUUGAUCUUCUCUACAACAGACCUGUCUGCUGUGUUCCUUGGUCUUCAUGAUGCUGUUUGUUCACCAAGUUUCUCUAAGGAACCGCUGAGGCCAGAAACCGAACAGCUGCAUUCACACCGAGAUUAAAUCUCACACCGGCGACUCUGUUUACUAGUUGGAUGACUUUUAGAGGCAAUUAGAUGGACUGGAAUUUAUUUAAUCAGAGUUAAGGGGACUGAAUACAAAUACAAGGCACGCUUUUCUGAUUGAUAUCAUUUUCCAUCCAAGACACAAUUACUUACUCCUUUGUCUUAAUUUCUCACGUAAAAUCCCAAGAAAACAUGCUGUAGUUUGUAGUUGAAAUGUGUUCAAAUGUGGGAAGGUUCGAGGGUGAAUGUUUUUACUGUUUGUAACAGUUUUCUGCAGCAUCGCUCUCCUGCCAUGAUUCUAGCUGCUCUCGAGCUGGGAAGCUCAGAUAAUGAGCAACGUUAUCAGAAUAACUGCUGAUGUGUUCCCAAAUACACUUUGAUCUCAUUGUUGCGUGAAACCUAAUCUAAACUAUUUUAGUUGUUUGUGAUCGACAACCAACUAAUGAGUGAAUAUUAGCUGCUUAUGUUACUCACCUCCUGGCUUCAUGUUUAUUUGUUUUCCAGCAGAGAGUGAGUAAAUAACCUCUCUCUCCUACCCAUCUUCUCAUCCCAAACUCCCUCUGAUUUAUCCGCUUAUAUGCGUCAGAUUUCAGGUCAUUUUAUUGAUGUUUUAUUGAUGUUUAGAGGUGCACCAUUGAGGCAUUUCUUGGCCGAGUUUUUUCUGGUCGAAUGUACUGGUUCCACUUUUGACCCAUUCUGGCGGGGGGGGGGGGGGUCUCACCACUAAUGACUAAUAAAAAAAAUAAGCUGCUGGUUCUUCUCUAGAGGUGGUAGUUCUGAAUCUGUCAGAAACUGAAGGGAUUAGAUUCUCCUCAUUUAUGUGUCAAAGCAUGUCUGCCUUUACCUGCUUUUUCUGAUACAAAGUGCAUUAGAUUUAAUUUUGUUGCAUUUAUAGCUUAAUGUAAUUAGAGUUCAUUUUGAUGCAAAAUGAAAAUGUUCACCAUUUGACCUGCAGGUCACCGAUCAGAGCGAAUCAAGGGGAAAUUGGUUCAGGUUCCGAUCUUUUUCUCAUCUAUUGUCUCAGUUCUAAUGAUGUAGCUGCAGAUUUAAGCUUUCUGCGUUUUCAGCUCAGCUUUACGCCACAGAUCACCAGCCGUCAGCACUCAGAGUAAAACUAAGACUCCUAUUGGUUCCACGCCUGAUCCCGACUCCAGCACGGGCGAGGCCGGUCCUCUCCACCGUCAACACGUGUAACUAAAAACAGUUACACACACAAGGGAAAAGUGGCAAUUCUGUUUGUUUUCUCAGUACGAAUGAUUUUAAAUGACUUCCUCUUUGGUUUUUUUUACACCCUCGUUAUCACUUUAGUUUUGCUAAAAACAGUUUAAGGUAACCCGUAGUGUUAACACACACUUAGUGUAACUUUUUUGUUGUUGUUUUGGUGUCUUAAAGUACAGAUUUAGAUGUUUUUAUGAGAUUCAGGGUUCCUACGCAGUCUGGAAUUUGAUUUCAGUAAUUUCCAGCUCUGGAUAAGUAUGGAAAAGCAAGAGUACAGAACAAUCUUUGUAUUUCCAGGCUUUAUUACCUAAAUGCUGUCCUUCUAUAUGUCCUUCCUUUGUUCCUUAUGGCCUUCUUUCCUUCUUGAGUCCUGCCUUUCCUCCUUCCUUUUCCUUUCUUUUUCUUCUUUCCUUCCUCAAGUAUUUCCUUCAUUCUUCACUUGUGUCCUUUCUUCCUACUUCUAUCCAUCCAUCCAUCCAUCCUUCCUUCCUUCCUUCCUACCUACCUCCUUUCUUCCUUUUAGUUUCUAUUUUUCAACGUUCCAUAUUUAAAGGCCACCCACGACAGAAAUAAAAAUCUGCCAUAAAUUGAUGGGGAAUGUUUUAAAUGAAUGAAAAACUUUCUCUAGCUGAAAGCUGUUUAGGAACUCUGCAGAUUAUUGAGAGCGUUUGGAUCAGUGUCGCUUUACACUGAAGUCCGGCGGUUUCAACACAACUUUUACCUUUUUAAGAAGGAAACCAUCUGGAGCUGCUAGCUAUCCUGUUUCAUAGUGAAGCACUUUUUUUAUGUCUUCUUGUUCUCUUUCAGUAUUGUUGAUGUUUGAGGUUUGUUUACCAGCCGUAUUCGUAUAAAUGUGUUUAUUUUAUCAGCUGUUUGUUAUUUAGCCUUAAAUAGCAACCGUAGUGACUUUACAGCCUGUUUUUGAAACAUGAAUAGUUUACAGAAAACUUGGAGAGUGAUAUCUGUAAACAUAUUAGCCUGUUCUCUUUUGUUUUAUUAGAAUUAGAAAUAAAGACCUUUUUAUUAAACAGUAGAUGAAUUAGAUCAGAGGAAAAGAGAUAUCUGUCAGCCUCGUUGCUGUGUUCUCGUUGAUCUCCUUGAGAUCUGAAUGACCUCAAACUUAUUUUUGAAGUUUGCAUUUACCCUGUUGUAUUAAAAAAAGAUCAGACUGAGGUCUCAUUUCCAUCAGAGACGUUGUUGUUGUUUUAAACCUGCUACUGGUCCUGAUUUAACCCCAGUCCGAAGCUGAAGUUCAGUAAUUAAAUUCCCACAUUUCCUGCAGAGCUUCAGAUUUACACAUCAGUGGAUGUUUGACUGUAUUUAUUGUGUACAAAUAAAUGUGAAAUAAAGAUAGCUUAAAUGAAACAACUAAGA